AUGGUAGCAUUUAUAACUGCUGAUACGACCACAUUGAUAGAUUCUUUAAGCUUGAUGAACGAAUUGAAUUCGACGAAUCAACCUGAUAACCACACAAUGUUUCAAACAGAAGAUGACAUAAACUCCAGCAGUCUAUCGAAAGAUAUUCUUGCAUUAGCCACUACAGAACACUACGAAGAAUCCGAUUCCACUACAAAUGACGCGCCAGAAGUGACAGAAUCUCUGACCUCUGCUACUACCGAGUCAUGCAGCACAUCCGGUGACAAUCUGAAGCUGACCACGUCUAACGAGAUGGCUAAAAUAAAUUCGUCCGAUUUCAUGAGUAGUAACGAAUCUCAAACACCAUUCCAGAAAUUGUCAAACAAUUCCUCCUCUUUUCGUUUUGAAAUUCCAAUGACUAUUUCUUUAUUGUCUGUAUUUGUAGGUAUUGUUGUAAUAACGUUCAAUUUUGUGGUGAUUGUAGCAUCGAUCAAAAACCGCGAACUUAGACAAAAUACCAAUUACAACCUCGUUAUGGGAUUGUCACUGAGUGAUUUUCUGAUGGGAGUAUGUGCGUUACUUGCUGGGUUACGAUUUAUCUUUUCAAAAUUUACUCAAGUACUUGAAUUAUGCAUCCUUGCAAAUAUGCUAGCCUUAAUAGGUAUGAACAUGUCACUUUUUCAAACUUUAUGCAUCAGUAUUCAUCGAUUUCUCGUUUUGUCAGAAAAUGCAUGGGCAAAACACCUCUUUGACAACAACCGAAAAUAUUACAUCUGCAUCUCUGGUUGGGUUGCCACAUUUACUAUUUACACCUCUUUAAUAUCCCCGGAGGACGAUCAUACUAACUGUUACUACGUAACUGUUUAUGGUCCAAAUAUGAAAGCUGUUCAACAAAUGACGAGCGCUUUCAUUUCAACUUUCAUGUUUCUGAUAGCAGUUUUCUAUUCGCUUGCUAUAUACCAGGUACGAAAACGAUACAUUGGUACUUCAAGAGUCACCAGUACUGGACAAAUGGAAGACCGCAAGAAAAAGCGAAUUAUGAAGGCUACUAAGUUGGUGGGCAUGAUCAUUUUGGCCCUUGUCGUAUUUUCUGGACCGAUGCUUAUUUGCUUUAUGCUGCCUUUUACCCCACACCCGAUCGUUGUAGGCAGUUUUGCUGCAGCCAAUAUCAACUCCCUUCUGAACCCUAUCAUAUAUUCUUCUCGUAUUACCCAGCUCAGAAAGGAAUUGAAAUCCAUCUUUUGUUGUAAAGAAUGA